UUCUCUAUAAAUACAAGAAAGAAGGAAUUAGUUUGAGAUGGGUCGAAUCCCGUGUUGUGAGAAGGAGAACGUGAAGAGGGGACAGUGGACCCCCGAAGAAGACAACAAGCUAACUUCUUACAUCGCCCAACACGGCACCCGUAACUGGCGCCUCAUCCCCAAGAAUGCUGGUAUGCAACGGUGUGGAAAGAGCUGUCGGCUCCGGUGGACCAACUACCUCCGGCCAGAUCUAAAGCAUGGCGAGUUUUCAGAACUAGAAGAACAAACCAUCGUUAAGCUUCACUCUGUUGUUGGAAACAGGUGGUCGCUAAUCGCUGCCCAGCUGCCAGGCCGCACUGAUAAUGAUGUCAAGAACCACUGGAAUACCAAGCUGAAGAAGAAGCUUUCGGGGAUGGGAAUUGACCCCGUGACACACAAGUCCUUCUCCCAACUGGUGACUGAGAUAGCCACCACCCUGGCUCCACCCCAGGUAGCUCACCUUGCCGAGGCAGCACUCGGCUGCUUCAAGGACGAGAUGCUCCACCUGCUGACCAAGAGACGAAUUGACUUUCAACUCCAACACCAUCACCAAGCCUCUGCAACUGGGUUUGAAGUAUCUCCACUCCCAGAACCUGUUGGUGGGAGCUCUACAACAACCACCUUUGUCAUGGGGAGUACUAUCCAUGAUAAGGAUGACACCAUACAAAAGAUUAAGCUAGGCCUCUCAAGAGCCAUACAAGAACCCGACACACUACCCACUAACAAGCCCUGGACCACAGCCUCCACAGGAAAGACAUCUGAGGGUUUUGCCAGAGCCUACAAUGAAUUUGCAGCAGAAGUUUCAGUUGGCUUCCAGUUUAGUCCAUCAUCUUAUGGUAACGAUGGGGAAGCAUCCCCAUGGAGCCAAAGUAUGUGUACAGGGAGUACAUGCACUGGAGGUGGAGGUGAUCAACAAGAGGGAUUGCAUGAGAGAGGGCAAUAUGAGGAAGGAGAGGAGGCGGAAGGUGGAAAAAUUGUGGGAAAAGGGUCAAGCAUAUUCAUUUCUGAUUGCGUCUUGUGGGAUUUAUCUAAUGAUCUAACAAACCAUAUUGUUUAAUGGGACAUCAAGAAGCAUUUGGCAAUAUCAUCAUUGGGAAGAAUAAACUUUUCAU